AUGGAGGAAUACAAAGCCAAGUACGCUAUCCACGAAGCCUGCCGAGAAGGUCAAGUAUCUCGAGUCGACUCUCUCCUCGCCGCAAACCCCAAACUCGCCAAUCUCCGUGAUCCAGACGACCGCCUCCCCAUACACUGGGCAGUAUCCUACAACCACUUCCCCAUCGUCCAAACGCUCGUCCAAGCCAAGUCCUUCGACCCCGACGUCACAGAUGGCUCCGGCUGGACGCCCCUCAUGAUGGCAUGCUCCCGCAAAGACGCAGAGGCAAUAGUCGACCUGCUACUCUCCAAAGACGCCGAAGUAAACGCGAAGAACAACAACGGCCAGACCGCUUUACAUUUUUGCGCAUCCAAAGUCAACCUCGACAUCGCACGUACAUUGCUUGCGCAAAAGCCGCCUGCUUCGGCACGGAUAAAAGAUAAGAGAGGUCAGCUUCCGCUGCAUCGGGCAGCAGCGGUGGGUAGUGUGCCGAUGAUGAAGGCGUUGUUAGAUGCGAAGAGUCCUCUGAAUGCUACUGAUAUGGAUGGCAUGACUGCGCUGCACCAUGCGAUGAGCGAGGGGCAUGGAGACGCGGCACUGCUUCUGCUGACUAUGGGCGCCGAACACGACAAGAAAGAUACCGAUGGCCAUGUUCCGCUGGAUCUUGCGCCGGAUGCGAAAACGAGAAGCUUCAUACUGCAGGCGGCGGAGAGGGAGGGCAUAGAUUUGCUAUAA